AUGGUCGAUGUAUAUGCGUGCGAGGGGGUCCUAUUCGAAGACGAGAACAAGGAGACGCCGGAGAGGAGAGCUACCCAUCUCCCCAUUCAAUCGUCCUUUUACAUCGACAUCUGGGAGUGUGUUGAGGCGACGAACCAUUCAUACAUCCACCCUCCCGGGACAUUAUCAAAGGUCAACACUAACCAACCAGACCAAGGGGCGAAUGAAACGAAAAAAAGGGACGACGGGCAGUCGCGGGACGGUGUCAGCGAUAGCGGUGGCGAAGACAACAAACGGUACGGUUUGUACGUAUCACCCUACAGCUCCACGGAGAUUCUCGUCCUGGCGAAAUAUGAUGAAGAAGGAAGCCUCUCAUCUCCCUUCCCCAGGGAGAUAGGUAACCAGUCAAUGGCCUCUAAGGGCUCUUCCCCUACCCCCUCGAAUGUGGUGAACUGCUACGUGUUCGACGUCUCCUCGACAUGGACGAUCGUGGCUAGCUACACUACAAGCCCGGUUGCCCAAUUGCCGUUGUCCACCCUACUUUCCGCCACUUCGCCUUGCUCAUCGCGCAUCAACUAUAAGCCAAGCUCCCAAUGUUCAUCUUGCCCAUCUUCACAUUCCUACCUCAUUGGGGCGAGCCAAUGCCCACGUAGACAUAACUGGCAGCAGUCGACCAAACGAUCUUCUUCAUUUGCCGGCUGUCCUGCCAUUUAUGAGGAGAACAUCGUGUCGGGCAGCAAUGGGACAGAUGCCAAGGACCAGACACAGGGACCGAAGCAUGCCGCGCGAUGUGAUGAUGUGACAACCAAGAGCCGGCCGAGGACGACUUUUUUGGUCGUGACGCUUUCGCCCCCCACUUCCUAUACCGAAGCUACGAUGAUAUGGCUCAGGGGAUUGGGGGUCGGGGGUUGCUUGGAGUCGAUGUUGGGUUUCUUCAUUCCCCGGCAUUGCUGGUCUGGUCCAUGAUCCCCACGCCCCCCCUGUGGCUGCAAGCCGUUCAAAACUUGACUUCGUUUCGGAGACCAGACGACCUCUGCUGCUUCCGACGCUGAUCCGGGGUUUCUUCAGGGUGGCCUUUGGGGCUGAGAGGUGUGGCCUGAUGUGAGUUUCUCGAUAAGGGGUCCGUAGGCGCCGUCUUAGUGCGCGGUACAUCUCUCCAAGGCUCGAGGAUGUCCAUAUCGACAACGCACUGCCCUCGCGCC